AUGGCCGGAUACACACAGCUCGAACUGCGCACGCUGAACGGUCCCGAAUUCCGACGAGUGUCAACUGCCCCGCCUCGUAUUCCCACCGAAGACGAAAUCCCCGUCAUCGACCUCACUCCGAUCGAUGGUGAUCUCGCGACGCGCAAGCAGCUCGCAUCAAAGAUAAGAGCCGCUGCAGAGGGGACGGGGUUUUUCUAUGUGAAGAAUCAUGGAAUUCCUGAAGAGUUGAUUCAACGCGCAUUGGGUGUGGCGAAAUCGUUUUUCGAGCAAACGGCUGAGGACAAGGAGAAGGUGUCGCAUGUCAGGGCGAAGCACAAUGAUGGCUAUCAUGGGGUUGGAACGACUCAGAUCAAUAAUAAGGAGUCGCGAGAUCAAAAGGAAACAUUCUCGGUGCGGUAUAAUCCACUGAAUGACCCGACCGUCUCAGAAGAAGCCAAAAAGAAGCUGCUCGCCGAUGAAGCCUCCUCAUAUGGUGCGCAGGAAUACCUCUGGGAUGGAACCAGCCAUCUCCCUGGAUUCCGCGAAACCACACUCGAAUUCUACAAGAGCCGACUGACCCUCGCACGCAAGAUGAUCAGGCUCUUUGCUCUCUCACUCGAGCUCCCCGAAGAUUAUUUCGACUCCGUCAUCACCCACCCUGGCGCAGACGGACUAUACGUGCACUAUCCGGGAACCCCAGGACUCGACAAAGACAAGGAUACGGACAUUGAAAUCGACGUCGGAAUCGGCUCGCAUACGGACAUCCAGUGCGUAACGCUACUGUGGCAAGAUAACUCGGGCGGUCUUCAGGUUCUGUCUGCCAGCGAUGAGUGGCUUGACGCGAGGCCGAUUGAGGGCACACUGGUCGUAAAUAUUGGCGACUUUCUGCAACGGCUAUCGAAUAACCGGUUCAAGUCGACUGUGCACAGGGUGUAUAAUCGGCAGAGCACGUCUCGCUACUCCAUGCCAUUCUUCCUCGGGUUUAACCCGGAAUCCGUGCUCAAGGUUGUGCCGACUUGUGUGGACGAGACGCACCCGCCGCUAUAUGAGCCGAUCUCGUGUGGUCAGUGGCACCGUGCAAGGCUUGCGUUGGCUCAGAAAACAACCGCCGCCGCUUAA